UCUGCCGACUUGCAGUGUUUUAUUACACAUGUGCAAGGUCCAAAGAUCAACAUGAGCAUGCGUUUGGGUGGUGGGCUCCCAGGCUAUAAAAACAAGCAGCCGUGUCACCACUGGCGACACUCGACACUGACGCGUGCGCUUGUCGCUGACAAUGUUUCAUGCUAUCAUGGAUGCCCUGCAGGGCUUUGGGGUGAGCAGCACCCGCUACCUGCAGACCAACUACCAGGAUGCCCAAGGUUGGUUCCUUUGGGUGUCAUGGGCAGCAGAUCUCAGGAACACCUUCUUCAUCUUCUUUCCACUCUGGUUCCACCUGCGGUCCUCAGUUGGCAUCAAGCUCAUCUGGGUGGCUGUCAUCGGAGACUGGCUCAACCUAGUUUUCAAAUGGAUUCUGUUUGGGGAAAGACCAUACUGGUGGGUCCACGAGACGCCUUAUUAUGCCACCAGUGUUCGUCCUCAUAUUGAGCAGUACCCCAUGACCUGUGAGACCGGUCCAGGAAGCCCCUCCGGUCACGCUAUGGGAGCAGCCGGCGUCUACUACACCUUGGUUACAUCCAUUCUCACCAUAACAGCCACCAAGAAGAAACACGGUGGCAGAAAGUCCUCCAACAACAGCUACCUGAAGACAGUCCUUUGGACCGUGUUCUGGGGAGUCCAAGUGUGUGUCUGUCUAUCGAGGGUCUUCAUUGCAGCCCACUUCCCCCACCAGGUCGUUGCUGGAGUCAUCUCAGGUAUGAUCGUGGCCGAGGCCUUCAACAGAACCCAGUGGAUCUACAGCGCCAACAUGAACAAGUACUUCUACAUAACACUGUUCCUGACUUCCUUCGCCGUGGGGUUCUACCUGCUUCUCAGAGUCGUGGGCGUAGACCUUUUGUGGACGCUGGAUAAGGCACAGAGAUGGUGCGAGAGGCCCGAGUGGGUCCACCUAGACAGCACACCGUUUGCGAGCCUCCUGCGCAACAUGGGCACGCUGUUCGGCCUGGGCCUGGGCCUGCACUCGCCAUUAUACACCGAGACCAAGCGCAACACCAACGCGGCGUCCCGGGUUGGCUGCAUUGUCGGCUCCCUCCUGCUGCUGCACCUCUUUGACUCCUUCAAACCGCCCACGCACACCGCUGCCCUCUUUUAUCUGCUCUCCUUUUGCAAGAGCGCCACUGUUCCCGUGGCAACCGUCAGCAUCAUCCCCUACCUGGUGAACAGCGCACUGGGCUUGCACAGCAAAAAGGUGGCGUGAGAUAAAACCACCGCUGUACAAAAAGACUACAUGAAACAAAACAAAAAAACACGGGGUGACCUCCUGCAGUGUAGAGACUUGGUGCUAAUCGCAUUUAUAUGAAAAAAAAAAAAAAAAAAAAAAAAAAGAUCCGGGGAAGCCGAGAACAACAACAGGAACUGGCCACUGAACUUCGGGUGCCACUUCCCAUCUUGAGCCACUUAAAGGAGCUCUGCAGCACAUUACCGUUGUAACAGCCUAGAGUCGCUAAAGAUGCUUUGUUAUACUGUAUUGACUGUUAGACUGCAUUUUUCCACUAUGAUAGAGAGUAUUUUUGACUUUUUAA